AGUGCAGGGCUACUCCGCAAACCAUAAUUAGCCUGUUUGCUUAUGUCAGGUGUUUGUUCAACUUGUUGGUCUUGUUUAAAUGUCUUGGCCUCUGAAAAGAACUAGUUAAUUACCUGAGCAACUUAAUAGAGAAAGUUUCCUUUUGUAAGUGAAGUGAUCACCUGUCUUGUGCCUGUGCAGCCUGUACUGUUCAUGUGCAUUGUCUGAGUAAACUUAAUGAACUGACAGAAAAUAUGACCAGUGUUUUCUGUGACUUGUGAAAUCUUAAUCUUAUGUUACAGUGUCAUGACCAGCUCAGCAGAAACAGCUUGAAAAGUUUCACCAUGUACAGCCAACAAACUAUAGUUUUAACACUGGCAUUCGUAUUGAUAUCUGGAGGAACACUCAAGACUGCUGACCAUGGCACCGGGAAAGCACCUCAACAUAUUCAUAUAUCUUAUGGGGAUCUGCCUUCUCAGAUGAUAAUUACAUGGAGCACUCCUAACAAAACUGAUUUGUCUUCAGUGCAUUAUGGGAGAGAAUUGUUACAUUUGGUCAAUGUUGAAGAAGGAUCUAGCCAUAUUUUUGUUGAUGGUGGCACAGAGAAAAGGUCACAGUACAUUCAUCGAGUGGAUCUUAAAGGUUUAACUGGAAACACCACGUACUACUAUAAAGUAAGAAGUGAGGAAUCUGAGUCAGGUGCGUUCUACUUCAGGACGAUGCCUGAAGGACAGGACUGGAGUCCCCGACUUGCCGUCUUUGGCGACAUGGGGGCCACCAAUGCCCAGUCUUUGCCAAGGCUAGAACUUGAUGCUGCCAAGGGCAUGUAUGAUGCUGUUAUUCAUGUUGGUGAUUUUGCUUAUGACUUGUCCAAGGAUAAUGGCAAAAUUGGGGACCAGUUUAUGCAGGAAAUUCAAUCCCUGGCUGCGUCAGUGCCUUACAUGACCUGCGUGGGAAACCACGAGAAUUCCUAUAAUUUUUCAAACUACAGAGCCAGAUUCAAUAUGCCCAAUGAUAAUGGGAAGAUGUAUUACAGUUUCAACAUGGGUCCUGUCCAUUUUGUGUCCAUAUCAACGGAAUUCUUGUACUUCCCGGACUAUGGAUUCACACAGAUCUAUGAGCAGUAUGACUGGCUCAAGAAAGACUUAAUGGAGGCCAAUCAGCCUGAGAACAGGAGCAAGCGACCAUGGAUUGUUACCUUUGGCCAUCGACCAAUGUACUGUUCCAACAACGACAAUGAUGACUGCACCAGCAAUGAAAGUCUGGUGCGUGUAGGAGUUCCCCUGCUAAGGAUUCUCAGCCUGGAAGAUCUCUACUAUCAACAAGGUGUGGAUUUGUCCAUCUGGGCCCACGAACACUCCUACGAGAGAUUGUGGCCUGUGUACAACCUAAAGGUCAGAAACGGGAGCUAUGAGUCUCCCUACACAAACCCUGGAGGAAUCACACACAUCAUCACAGGGUCUGCUGGAUGCAGUGAGCGCCAUGAGUAUUUCCAGAAGAAUCCUCCACCUUGGUCAGCCUACCACUCCAGCGACUAUGGCUACACCCGCAUGACGUUUGCCAAUAAAACACACCUGUAUGUGGAGCAGGUGUCAGAUGACAAGAAUGGCGAGAUCAUUGACAGCUUCACCCUUAUCAAAGAACAGCAUGGACCAUACGGUGAUCUGAACAACAGAGUAUAGAUUGCUGAGUAAGGUGGACACUGGACAUUCGGACACUUGACACUUAAUCAUGGGACAUUUGGACUCUCAUCUCAUGUGUUUCUUAAAGUAUCUAGACUUGAAUGAAUCUCAUUGAGAUUCACAUGGUUCUUAUUAUUUGACAUUCCAAAGUAAUUAUUUCUUUUUUGUGAUGGCAUGAUUAUGGUUAAGUACCCUGUUGACCAUAUAAUUUUUAAAGUUUCUUUCUCCGCUGUAACUGUACUUUUGAAUGCCUAUACCAAAGUUUUAACUUGCUCAUUGCUGGGUGGUUUUACUCAUAUGACUUUUCCCUACCAGGUAUUUUGAAGCCUUUUCCAAUAUAACUUUGAAA